CAAUAUUUCUAUCUCUAUAUUUUGUAUCUAUAUAUCUAUACAUUUUCACACACACACUCAACCUCCACCUAACCUCCCUCCUAGCCGUCAUGAACCGCCGCAUCCGCCACCGAUCAUCCACCACCAUCGCCGCCGAAAGCUACCUCCGCUACCUAAAACCCGGCGCUCUCGCUAAACUUCGCGACUCCAAAAUCAAACACCGAUCAUCACCUUCCGAUUCUCAGAUCCAUCUCAUUCGCAUUCUAUCUUCACCUGCCGCGGCCUCUUCAUCGCCGCCACGAUCUCCUUCCUUCGCUCAACAGGAAGUCGCCGGAGCAAUCGCCGCUCUCGACGGCGGAUCUCCGUGUUUCGCGGUUAGGUUUUACGGUCCGAGAUAUCCGCAACGGAAGAAGCUUAUGGCGGCUAGAUCUAUGUUUUUUCUAAACCCUAACUCUAGCGUUUCGGAUGUUGCUGAGCCUGUUAUUGAUCCUUUUGCUAAUGAUUUUGUAGUUGCUCAUUGAUUUGUUAUAUAUAUAGUUUAAAUUUAAUUAGGUUAGUUGCAGGUUAAUU